AAGCUUUCAUGUGGUCGGCCAUACCUGAUACGCAGAUCUGUUAGUCCGCUAAUCAUCUUGUUCGGAAUGUACCCCGUAAAAAGCCACAUGGCACUGAUACCAAUGCAACAUCUAUCUCUGACCUGAUGGAAGCUAAGGAGAAACCUCGCUGUAUAUCUGUGAAAGUCAGUGACGAGCAGACGAUGUCUCGCCCCAACCGCUGAAUAUUAAUAAAAAUAUAACCAUUUCCGCCUAAGAUCGUCCUAAAUCAAGCAAUGAAAUAUAAAAAAAUGGCGAUGUCUUUUUUUCUGUCUAUGACACUCAUAAGUCAAAUUUUUGUUUCAGAUUUCAAAAGAAGGUAAAAAUGGCUGGCGCGGUGAAGACGAAGUGGUGGCUGUCCAUGAUUCUGUGUCUCCUGUCACAACAAUUUCAUCCAGUUUUUCCACAUGUUCAUCGACCUGAGAGGAAAGUUCUUAAUGAAGCAAACGACAAUCGCCAUAACAAUAAAAGAGCAGUGGCAGUGGCCAAGCCAACGAAAACAGACAGCUUUGAACUGCAGGGUGAACCCAAAGUACAUCACAGAGAGAGGAGAGCGCUUGGCGCGGUUUUCAAGUUUGUGCUUAGCAAUUUUUGGGACGACAUUGUUUGCCUCGGACUAAACUUAGCACAGACGUUUCAAUGUGGAAGUUUGACACCUGGGACCUGCCAAAGGCUAGAUAACAUGGACAACAAAAGAAACGAGAUCGCUUUGAAGGUCAACCAAACUCUCGAUGAGGAGAUCACUUGGAGCGUGCUUAAUAGCACUAACGACAGGGCCUUGACCAACCUCUACUUGAUCGGCAAGGAACUCGAAAUAAUUGCCAGCUCGAACAUUAGGCUGAUGGAAAUUCUGAGAACCUUAGACGCCGUUGAGGAAAACAGUACAGUGUAUGUUCCAGAUGACCUUGACACCGUCACCGAGCAGAAGAUCCGGUUCCGGGUCAACCUGGAAAAGUACUUGAAUGGCAUACAGGGCACCCUGGACGGCAUACAAAAUGAAAUUGCCGUUCUAAAACGGAAAGAUUUUGUGUAUCUAGCAAUGAUGACCGCCAUUCCUCUUGUGGCCAUGCACACCGGAUUGAUCACGACCUCGGCAAGAACAGCGCUGCUGUCCCGAUCGCAGAACUACCAGGUUGUUGAAUUCUACGGGAAGCAAGGCUCAUACCAGCUUGCAAGUAAUCCGCAAGGGAAGAUGUUCAUCGUCCAGGAAAACCCGAAAAACCUUGGGAAGCUGAAAGUCUAUGCGAAACUGGACAGUAACGGAAAGGUGGGGAAAUUCUGGAAGUUCAUGAUGCCAGCGGGACAAAGAGCAGCAACUAAUUCCUUUUUGGAAUCCGUUGACUUCAAGCGCGCCAAACAAGUAGCCACCCUUCAGAGACUGGAACCAGAUUACCUACAGAAGUUGAAGAAGACUGGCCACCUUCCAGCUUUUCUCAGAUCCACGGACGGUUUGAGCCCCCAGAAAUUCGAUGAGUUUGUCAACACUGCCAAAACCAAAGACCCAAAAGUGAUGUUCAAGGCCGACAAUGUAGACGCCAGCAUACCGAAAUGGAUGCGCCAAACCUUAAGCUCCUUCGAUCCAAGCGACGUAGCAUCUGUUCGGGCGUACAACAGACUGAAACAAACAAACCCAGACCUGUUGUCAGACCUGCAAAAGAAAGGGAAACUUGGUGAUUUUAUCAAGCAGUCGAAGGGAUUAAAUAACGCAGACUUCGAUGCUUAUGUCAAAAAAGUUAGUAGUGCAAAUGCCGAUGUUGACGGCCUGAAGAAUUUUGACUUCAAAGCUCCCGCCAAAAAGGUGAAGUGGUACAGCUGGCAGAAAAUGAAAAGCGGCUGGAGAAGCUUUUCAAACAAAAACCUAUUCACAUUUAGAGGGAGAAAGGUCAAAGUCGGCAAGGUUUUAAACAUGGGUAAUGUUGGAUCCGCACUUAAUGUUGGUUUAUGCAUCUUUAUGUCGGUGAUGAGCACAAUAAACGUCAAUAAGCAAAUCGACGAAAUCGAAGAGCGCAUCAAUAACGCUUCAGCCGCGGUGGACUUGAAACUGGAAGAAAUGAAAAAUCUAACUGCCUUUGAAGUGGAAUUCUUUGGUCUAGUGAAAAACAAUUUCUACGGUAUUGUCAGCAUGUUCGAUACCAGCGAAGACUCUACCGGGAUUGCCGCCGACCCCAACUGUCAAGAUACACUGUGCAUAUUCUUACGAGAAGCCGCCUCGCUUAACCCAAUCAAGAACUACGUCUCGGCAUGGCCGAACGCCUCCAUCACCAACACGACCAUUUUGGAUGCGCAGAUGUUCUUCUUGAAUAACCUCACAUCAUCCAAGUACGUGAUGGUCCAGCUGUAUCGCCAGUCCGAGAUGGUGGCUCAGGUCAUGACCUGGGUGGGGAGCCAGCUGUCCAUCACCAGGAUGAUGGAGAUUGCCACCACGCUUUCCAGACCAUUCGCCAACAAAUACGACCUGCUUCGCCUCAUCGCCAAGGCUUUCCCCGACAUAGAUGAUUACACCGGUUAUCCACUGAAGUGCAUCCGUAGCGGGAGUAUAGCAAGCGACCAAGCACUGGACGCGUGGAUGACUAGCAACCAGGUGAAGUCCCUCGACCCAAGGGUCUCCAACUUUAUAGAUAUCGCUGUAGAGUUUGGCAAAGGCGUCAAUGACCUGCUUGAACUGAUCAACCGCAAAAUAGAUGACGGUUCGUUCCCGGCAAACGGCUGCGGAGGCGGACAUUGCACCCGAGAGGACAUCCUGACGGAGAUAGCCACUAAGGUGAUUCCAGCCGAGGCCACGUACGAUGGCGUCAACCUCGCUCCUUACAGGCAGAAAACAAUCGUCUGCCCGAAUACGGUCCCUGCAACAACUACACAGAUUAUUCCCACCAGAACGGUCCCCAGGCUGCCAGAAAAAUUUUUGGACCGUCUUAGAGAAAGGUUGGCUCGGCUUGGGAGGAUGAAGACGCGUUUCAACCCCUUUGGACGCAAAUAAGUCCUCUUUUUUCCAGCUAUCGAACCGAUUCUAGACUGCCCUCAUUAUUACGUGUUGGAUGGUGCGUGCUAGUGAGGCGGAUAUGCAUUAGGGCAAAGUGCAUCCAGAUAUUUACUACUGACGGAUAAUAUGUAUUACAAAUCAAAAAUUUGCCUUGCACUUGUAGUUGCUUUAAACAUGCGCAUUUCAUGUGUGAAACAAUUUUACCUUUUGGUUAAUCAUGCGAAAUUUAUAGCUUUCGUACUUGAUAAUCAAAAUGUUUUUUAUAUUCGAAAUUUUACAAGGAAAAACUGAAUAUCAAUUUUCACCUUAAUAAUGUGUUAUUGACACAAGUUUAUAUAUAGAAAAGGAAUCAUAAUUUCUAUGAAUCAAAAAGCUUUAAUAAAUUACUUUUAAAUUAAUAUUUUCCCAAUUAUUUUAAGCUGUUUCGCCUUUUCUGCCAUAUAAUAUAAUCCGAGCUGCUAAACAUUUAUCUUUAUUCAAAAGUCCAAAUAAAGAACAAUGUCAU